AUGAUCAUAGCCGACACCAAGAUUACCCACUUCCCACCUUUCAGCGGCUACAACAAGCAACCCACUGGCAAAUCAGACCUGCGACUCGACUCUCCGGUCCACGGCAUCGACCCCGCCAUGGCGCACCCCGGUUCGCCGGCUCCUUACAUCAAGGAGGAUCCCGAUCAGUUCAACCCUAACUUCCACGGUGACUUUGACAUGUCGCAACAUUUCAGCAACAGCCAACAGCAGUACGGCGUCAACCCCAACGACCUGACCAUGGGUAACAACUUCAUCAUGAACAACCAAUACGGCUCAAACAACAUGUCCUCCAGCUUCCUCGGCAACUCGAAUAUCGCCGAUGACGAGCUUCGUGACCUCGUCGACGAGCCCGGCCACAACAAUCACAAUGCGGGUUACCAGAACUAUGGCGAUGGCCACAACGAACAGCAGCAUCAGCAGGGCUACUACCAAAGUCAAAUGAACAAUGGUUCCAUGCCCGUGAACGCACAGCCCAACAUGAAUAUGUACUCCAACACGCCCGAUGGCGCGCCCAUUCAGUCCCCGUUCAUGAACAACAACAACUUCAACUACGAGCACUUCCAGAACAUGCAGCAAGGUCACCGGGUCGGAAGCAUGCCCAACGGCUCCUUCGCCAUGAACGCCAGGCAGCACUCUAGGAUGGGCCUCGAAAGGCAACUGUCCGAUUCACGCAGCCCCAUGACGCCGAAGACGCCCGCCAUGGCUGGCCUUCACCUGAGCACUCCGGAUUCGGGCAGCUUCCCGGCUGCGCAGCCUAUCCACGCCAGCCGCCCAAGCCACGGCCACCAGAAGAGCAUGUCGGGCCAGUGGGACAACACCCCCAACAGCGGCGGUUCUUGGAUCGAUUCACCGAUUGUGUCACCUCAGCAGGCCGGCAUGCACCAUGCUCAGAUCGCUGACGUCCUCGCCUCGGGAAAGCACGCUUCGCUGCCCACCAAGGUCGAGAACAAUGGCAAUCCAGGUUUCCAGUCCCAGGAGGCUAAGCGCCGGAGGCGCCGUGAGAGCCACAACAUGGUCGAGCGUCGCCGGAGAGACAACAUCAACGAGCGUAUCCAGGAUCUCUCCAAGCUGGUGCCCCAGCAUCGCCUUGAGGACGAGAAGGUCAGGAAGCACAUCCACAACAACGGCCCUCUGUCGCCCUCGAUGACUGCCACUGGCAUCUCGCCGCCGCAAGCAACGUCACUCCUUGCCGGUCCUAACGGCAGACGUGCUGCUGGCAACAUCACCACCGGUCUUCCCCUCGACGAGAAAGACAAGGGUCCCAACAAGGGCGACAUUCUCAACGGUUCCGUCAGCUGGACUCGUGACCUCAUGUGGAUGCUUUAUCUGAAGCUGAGGCAGGAGGAGCAGCUAUUUGAGCAGAUCCGCAGCCUGGGCGGCGAGAUCACCUACGAGUACACGGAGGAUGAGCUCCGCAUGAAGUCGGAGCUUAUCGAGGCGGUCGAGAAGAACAACUGGGAGUCUUUCCGUUACUCGCGCGGCCCUGGUAGCGGUCUUCGCGUCCCCAAGCACACCAACAUUGCCGGCGAGCCUCUCCAGAACCCCAUCUCGCCACAGAGCCUGAGCCCAGCCAUCCAGUCUGGUGGUAGCGGUGCCAACUCCGGUGGCGCCGGCCAACCGAGCUUCUGGGCCAACCAACAGCCAACGUUCAAGGAAGAAGAGGAGUUUGGCAUGGAGCUCUGA